AGGCUCCCGGGCUUCGCGAGGACGCGUUUGCAGCCCCCUCUGCCUCUCCUCUCGGGCGGCCGAGGCGAGGGAGCCGCCUCGCCGGGGCUUCGUGGUGGUGUAUUUCAUAUUGGGGCUCUUUUCGGGGUUUGUAAUUUGGCCGUGGGUAGGUAAUUGGCUGGAGCAGGGCGGCAGGGCGCGGCAGCCAAUCAGCGCGCGGCUUCUAUCGGGCUUGAGUUAUUAGACGCUGGUCUCAAAACAUCCUUCAUCAGACACCAAGGAGAGGCCAACAGAUGAGGGGAGCCAUUUUUCUGCAAUGGAAUUAAAUGGCCAAGCUAAAGGACUCACAAUUGGAAGAAUGAAGAAGACUUUUUAAAAAGAUCUGGAUUUUUCCUUAUGACUUGGAAUCCAUCUUUGUCUUGUAUAACUAGGUCAUAGCACACCAUUAAUGUCAGCAGUUAACAAUUUUGAAUUCCAAAAAACCUAAGUAAAUGACAUAUUUAAUUUUUUUCCUCUUUUUUUCUUGGGUGGGUGGGGGGAGCUUGGAGCUGUCUUAAUCUGUAUUCUCUUGACUGAACAAUAAAUUUUUAAAUAUAUAUAGUUUCCUCUAUUAAACACUUAAACCUGGCCAUCUUAUUAACUCCUUCUGCUCUCUUUUUAACAAGGUAAUGUUUUAAAUGUAUAGUUUUAGGACUAGCGAAAUGGCAGCAACAAAAAAUUGUAAGCAGUUGUUACUUUUAAGUUUCUAAAAACCUUUUACAUUGUAAGUACCCAAUCCAUUCUGUCCUUACGCAGUGCAGUUUUCAUGUUAAUGUUGCUGAGAUGUCCUUAAUUUUCUGAACCUUCAUCUGCAUGUAUGUCUUUGUCGCUCUUGUCUAAUAUAAGCCAGUUAAAAUGCUUUUAGACGAUUUUGCUUUUAUAAAGCUAAGGUUUUUUAGCUUUAAGCUUUUGAAAAUGUUUACAGCAAUAAAUGCUAGUCAGCUUUCUUCCCAGUAACAUGUACACUUUCUUUGAAAAUCGAUCUAUUUGAAGAAAAACAGCUCUGUUUUUCUCGUCUUGGUAGGGGGGUGGGUGAGGGAAAGGAAGACCUUCUCUUUGUGUAAAGAGACUAAAGCCGUCACAGGAAACUAGAUUAAAACUGGAAAACAAGUCCUAGCUGGUUCGAGCCAAACACCAACGUUAAGUCGCGGGUAUUUUCUGUGAUGGUUGGGAUGGCCGGUGCGUCUUAUGCCUUUUGUUUGAUUUGACUGUGUAUUUUCGCCUUUUGUCUCUUAAUGACGAUCCCACCAUUGCUAUAUCCAGAGCAGUAAACAGUCCUCUGCGAAGCCGCCUUUUGCCAACCCAACCCUGGAAAGUUUGCAGAAGUGGAAGGAGCAGAAAAUGCCAUGACAGUGUAACUUACCAAAAGGGUCUCGACCGGAGAAGGGGCAGCGGGCCUGGUUCCCUCAGAGUGGACAGUCCUUUGGACAGCAGGAGCAGGCCUAGUUUGACUCUGACAAUCCUCCCACUAAGUGUCUUGCUCGGGUCACGCCUCUGGCCCCUGCUAGAAAGAGGUUCCCGCCAGCGUUGUUUGGGGCCAACCCCCGAAAGGGUGUUGUUCCGGGGAGGUUCACCUGCUCCCCAAGCCGCCCGCGCCGAGGCGAUCGCCCGGCAGAGGGCGCCAGACGUCCACCUUGCGCCCCCAGGGAGGUGAGGGGUAGAGCUGGAGACCGAGGCUCCUCGAACCCGAGUGCUGGAAGGACAGUCCGCCAAUCGAAGAAUCCCUGGCUGAUGGGGGAGGCCGAGCCGGCCAAUCAGAGGGACCCUGCCAGAAGGCGGAGCCUGCCAAUCAGGGGUGCCGGGCUAGGAGCGGCCGAAAUGUUCGGAUCUUGCCUGUGGGGGGCGCACCGUGACGCGCGGGUGAGGGGGUGGGAGCUGCGCUUGCCGCUUAGCACUCCGUUUCUCAGUUGCCUCAGUUUCCCUGGAAAUGAGAGGUGAACGCCCUGGGCCAGGACCCUAGCAAGAAGGAAACAGGCUGGGAGGUCGGCCCAGGUGGCUGCCUGGCGGAGGCUGUGCCAGCUCCGAAGGGGCGGGGUAUCUUGUAGCACCGCCCCGGGGGCGGCCCCCACCCCUGAUCCCUCAGCCCCUGCGCUCCGCCGGGCGAGCCACCGCCAGUGCUGCCGGCUCCGGGCUAUGGACGCCCCCGGGGCCCCGGCCCCGACCGUCGCCCCGGGCCCGGGCCCGGGCAGGAAGGAGCUGAAGAUUGUGAUCGUGGGCGACGGCGGCUGCGGCAAGACCUCGCUGCUCAUGGUGUACAGCCAGGGCUCCUUUCCCGAGCACUACGCCCCAUCCGUGUUCGAGAAGUACACGGCUAGCGUGACUGUGGGCAGCAAGGAGGUGACCCUGAAUCUCUACGACACCGCCGGGCAGGAAGAUUACGACAGGCUGCGGCCCCUGUCCUACCAGAACACCCACCUCGUGCUCAUCUGCUAUGACGUCAUGAACCCCACCAGCUAUGACAACGUCCUCAUCAAGUGGUUCCCUGAGGUCACUCAUUUCUGCCGUGGGACCCCCAUGGUGCUCAUCGGCUGCAAGACAGACCUAAGGAAGGACAAGGAGCAGCUGCGGAAGCUCCGGGCGGCCCAGCUGGAGCCCAUCACCUACAUGCAGGGCCAGAGCGCCUGCGAACAGAUCCGAGCUGCCCUCUACCUGGAAUGUUCCGCCAAGUUUCGGGAGAAUGUGGAGGAUGUCUUCCGAGAGGCCGCCAAGGUUGCCCUCAGUGCUCUGAAGAAAGCACAGAGGCAGAAAAAAAACCGUGUGUGCCUGCUGCUCUGACCCUUCGGGGGCACACGGCCCUCACAACAGGACUGACAGGGCCUGGCUCCCUAGGCCCAGACUGCUCCCCAGGAUCCGGUCCCAGACCCAAUUCUCGAAGCACACUUGGAGUUGGGCAUCUCCAGUGCCUGGGGCCACACUAUUAGAACAUUCUGGAACUCUCUCAGCUGGAGCUCUGAUCAUGAGCUCACCUCUGGGCUCACUGGAGCUGUGGCCUGCGUGGUGGUAGGUGAGGGUGCUGGACUCAGUCCCUCUGUACCCUGGAAGUAGCAUUUGCCCCUAGGACCCAGGAGUGCCCUCUUCACAACCUCCCCCCAGCCAUAUGUGUCCCCUCUUUGCACAGCCAAUAGGUCCUCAAAUCCUGUGCUUGAAAUGUAAAACAUCUGGUACGUGGGUAAAUGUGGAUUUGGCACCACUCCACAUAGCGCCCCCCAAGCCUGCAGCUCCCAUGUUACCCGCCUCCCUGGGCUCCUCAGAUAGGCCUGGCUGCAUCCUCCAGCUUCUUGCUUCCUUUCCCCAGGAACCUGGGGGCCACGAAGGGACCAGAGCCUAUCAGGAGAGUACAGGCACCAGCGCCUACCCAACCUCCCUCCCUCCUCUGCCCCACACAGGACUUGAGUCUCAGCCUUCGGCUUGGCUGCCAUCUUUCCAGAGCAGGUCACAUACGCCCAAGAAGAAACUCACUUUAAAAAGCAAAGAGUAGACUCGACCACCCAUCUGAACUCCUCUCACCUGCAACCCCCCACUGCCAGAAACUCGAGAUGAAAAGUGACAACAGCUCUGAGUGAUCUUGGGCGAGUCAGUUCUCUAAAGACUGUUUCCUUAUCUGCAAAAGGACAGCGCUGGGUCAUUUAAAGUCAUCAAGCUCCCCUCUGUCCCUCACAGCCUCCACUUCUGCCAAGAUGUGGAGCUCUGGAGCUGAGACCAUCCUGGCCACCUGCGAGAAGGGACCUGAUCAACCCCCAGCCGUGGGUUCCCUGAACCUCCUGGAAGGUCUGGGGUCGGGGCUCCAGGAGCAGUUAAACAAGGUGAUUCUGCUGCCCCAGAGAUGACAGCUGCUUGGUUCCUGAGUGAGCCUGGGAGUCAGCAUUGCCUAAGAAGGGAUAAUGGCUUCAGGGGGCUCCUGCCUCAGCCCCCCUUGCAGUGCUGCAGCCCCCACUAAGCCUGAGGCUCUCUGAAGUCAAGUGGUAGGAAAAGGGAAUUCUGAAGUCCACCCCACCCCACCCCACCCUGGUUCCCCAAGGCCCUGCCAUACCCUGGGGAGUCAACAGAGUGUUCAGACCAAGGACCUCUUGUUCUAGCAGAAUCGAAGGCCUAGUGGACAAAUGAUAGUCUAGGACAGAGGUCAGCAAACCACAGUCUGUGGGCCAAAUCUGGCCGCUGCCUGUUUUUGCAAAUAAAUUUUUAUUGGAACACA